AUGGCAUUGACUUCUAUUUCAUCUAAACCAUUAACAUUACAGAAAGAGAGAAGAAUAGUAUAUGUAGGAAGAAUACCAACUGAUUUUACUAAAAGUGAUCUACGCAAGAGAUUUGAUAGGUUUGGUGAAAUUACCAAUGUUAGUACACACUUUAGAGAAUAUGGGGAUAAUUAUGGUUUUGUUACAUUUGCUUAUACUUGUGACGCCUUUGCUGCUAUUGAAAAGGGAAAUGCUGUGCCUGGUGAAAUGAAGUUUGAUUUAUGUUUUGGUGGCAGAAGACAAUUUUGUGAUACAGAAUAUGCUGAUCUUGAUGGUAAUAAUGAUGAAGAAGACAUGUUUCAACCAAUAGUAAAGCCAAAAGCACCAGUCUCAGAUUUUGAUGAACUGUUACGCCAAGCUCAGCAGAAAAUAAAAAGAUAG